CGCGCAAGCGAUCGAGCUGAUGAGUGAUCGUGUGUGCGCACGUUUUAUGGUGGAAAUCUAUUACAAAAAACUUUCUUACGCUCAUUACGCGGUACAUAAAAUUGAGAGUACUCAAAUUUAUUCCAAAAUGUGAGAGUGAGAGUGCAAAGAAGUCUUUGUAAAAUCUAGCUUGAGAUCAAGGGAUCAUCUCUAGUAAACACAACUCUCGGAAGUAAGCAUUGAGCGAGUUAUGCCAUUCAUUCUCUGUUGUCUUCUGCGUCCGCAGUGUUGUGUUUCUUAUGGCAGUGCGUUGCCAGUGCAGCAAGCAGUUUAAACAGAGAUAGCGUUUGGAGUGGACGUGUCGGUGCAGGUGGCGUUUAAGCACGUAGUUGAAUAAAAAAGUGUGCUAAAACUCGUAAAGUGUCGCAAGAGAUUUAACAAAGAAAAACAAAUAUAAAGUAAAAGAGAUAAAAGCAUUCGCAAAGGUACUCGUACCACAGGAGAAAGUUAAAGACGAAGCUCAUGCUGAUAAGAUAAUUACACCACAGAAGACACACUUAUUAAAUUGCAAAGAAGAAAAUAAAUAAACAAACUGACAGACAUUAAAAAAAAGUCAAUUCAUUACACUUUGUGCAUGAACCGAAAACAAAAGGUAAAUAAAUAAAUAAAUAAAAUAAAUAAUUACCAACAACAACAACGCAGUAAAACGAAGUCGCUGACCUAAGUCGAAAGUGAUAUCGCACCUUUAUCAAACAAACUCACACACCGUCUUCACGCGCGCCCAGUAUAUACGCUAGCAUGGCAGGCCUAACACAUUCAUUGAAUUACCAACUGCCACACGAACUGCCACACUUGGAUACGUACGCGCAACAGAUACUCGAAAAUAGUAAAACACUGUUAGUUCCUGCCACGCCCACAGUGCCCGCGAUAAACGUCUCCUCAACGACGAGUAGUACAACAAAUGAUAUUUUACAAAGAAUCGGCGCUUCUUUACUCAAUUCGAUACAAUUGAAGAAAUAUAUUAAAAUUGAUAAUUCGCCAGUUGUGGGUAGUUCGCUUGGUGGUGACGAAAAUAUGGACCUCUAUGGUAUGCCACCACCACCGAAUCACAUCGCGAUCGAUUCCACCGGUUUCGACUCCAUUGAUGAGAUGCAACGCCAAUUAGAAUAUGAUAAAUUUAUGAACGAAGUUUGGAUUGGGAUUGUGCUUACGCUGAUACUCAUCUCGAUGGUAUUUUGCUUUUGCUCGUGUUUCCUGUACCAUCAGUUUCGCAUGUGGAAGAGAAAUUAUCACGACACUAUCACCCAAGCACACAACUCGAAUCAGGAAUGUGAAAUCACCAAACUGCAUCCCGAUCUGGAUGAUCCCGUGCCCGAGUAUACGCUCGUGUCGGGUUUGCCUUCGUAUGAGGCUGCACUUGAAUUGCUCAAUAAAACACCGAAAUCCUGUCUCUUAGUACAUCCCAGUGUGUUUAAUGUUUUUCACCUCAACGAGAAAUCAACAAAUAAUGAACAACAACAACAGCAGCAGCAUCAACAGCAACAACAACAACAGCUCCAACAUUUAACAUCGCAAACACAACUCGUCGAAGUGACAACACCGCUGUUGUCAUCAGCUACAUCUACAGCGCAGCAGCAAGAACAACAACAACAAAAUCUAUCAUCAUCAACGCCAACCGGCAUGCUGUUGCCCGGCAGAGCCUACGCGGUGUUGCCCACGUACGAGGAGGCUAAUAGCCAGCAUGACUUGUUGCAUGCAACAAAUGUCACUUUGACAACUGUCAAUGAGAAAUCAACAACAACAAAUACAACAACAACAACAACAAUGACAACAAUUCAUCAGCCGUGCGCGAAAACCCUCAGUGACAUUGGCGAAAUGCAAAAAAUCUGAAGUCCUCCAACAACAAGUUGAAUAGUACCGUAAUGCGGUCUUGUGUGCGAGACUUGAGUGUGGGAGGCGAAGUUUGGCAGUUGACUGCAUAAAUUUCUACACCAAUAACUGUGAUAUUGUUUGAAUAACUGUUUGUUGUUGUAUUUUUUUUUACUUAGCUUUAACAAUUAUUUAUUUAUAUAUUUAUAUGUAGACGUCUAGACACAAACAAAUACUUAUUGUGAAUGUCUGUAAGCGAAUAUCGCAGUUUUUCUUCAAAACCGGACUUGAAAAUUCUUCCUCGAAAAUAUUUUCCUUGAGUGAUUCCACAGUUUCACUUUGCUGCGUUAAUUGUAGUUUAGUUGUUGUAGACAAUUUACUUUUAUAAUUUUAUUACGCUUGGUGUGACCUCAACAUCACAAUUACAUAUAUUAAAUUAUUUUAAAUAAUUAUUUAUUUUUUUAUUGUAGCUAGAAAGAAUUAAC